AUGGAUUUUAAUUCCAUAGAAGAAGUUGAUGGCGUCCGUUUCUCGUGGAAUUCUUGGCCAAACACAAAGGCAGAGGCUGCCAAGCUGGUGGUUCCGAUUGGAUGUAUAUUUACGCCCCUGAAAGAAUCUACAGCUGUCAACGAGGACGGUACUUCAGGCGGCCCUCUGCCUCAUACGCUUCUACCUUACGAGCCGGUGGUUUGUAAGUCUCCUUGUCGAGCAAUUUUGAAUCCAUAUUGUCAAGUGGAUUAUAGAGCUAAAUUGUGGAUUUGCCCAAUUUGCUUGCAAAGAAAUACUUUCCCACCCCAUUAUGCAGGUAUCUCUGAAAAUUCCGUGCCAAUGGAGUUGCAGCCACAAUCGACAAGCAUUGAAUAUAUAAUCCCAAAACCCCUUCCAAUUCCGCCUGUUUUCCUUUUUGUCAUUGAUACCUGCUUGGAUUUGGAGGGGAUUGUUGGGCUCAAGGAGGCUUUAUUGAGGGCGAUCACCUUUAUACCCUCAGAGUCCUUGGUAUACAUCCAUGAGCUUAGUGCAAUUGAAUUGCCCAAAAGCUAUGUCUUCAAGGGAACAAAGGAAUAUCCCACCAAACAGUUGCAAGAAAUGCUCUCCUUGUCAUCCAUAAGCGCAUCUCAAUAUCAAAACCAGCAAUCGGCUAUUGGAAUUAAACAACAGUCUCCUGUAAGCCAGUCGAGAUUUUUGGUCCCUAUAAAAUCUUGCAUCAACCAGCUUAGCAUGCUUAUCAAAAAUCUCAAAAAGGAUCCUUGGCCUGUGGAGUCUGAUAAGCGCCCGCUAAGAUCCACAGGAUGUGCUCUUUCGGUUGCCGUUAGCUUAUUGGAGGUUGUGGCUUCUUGCCUUACGUAUAGUCUGUUGUGCCUGCUACUGGGGCGCGAAUUUUAUUUUUCACGGGAGGCCCAUGCACCUCUGGUCCCGUUUUAUGAUUCGCUUACAACGCGCUUAACUGGAUUUGGCCACACUGUAGAUAUUUUUGGCGGUUGUUAUGACCAAAUCGGCCUUUAUGAGUUGAAAAACCUUGCAAACUUUUCCGGAGGCACAAUUGUAGUUUCAGACUCUUUUUGCUCGGCCAUUUUUAAGCAAUCUCUUUAUAGGCUUUUUGAAAGGGAUUCUUCUAAUCAGUUUCUGAAAAUGGCAUUUAAUGCGUCCAUGGAAAUCUUCAUGUCCAAGGAGCUAAAGGUCUGUGGCCUUAUUGGUCCUGCUGUAUCUUUACAAAAAAAAGGAACCAAUGUUUCUGAAAUUGAGCCUUCUGCAAGUGGAUCUCGCGGCUACGUUCAAUUUGCAACCCUUUUUCAGCAUUCAAGUGGCCAGAUUCGCCUUUCAGUGACCACUAUUUGUCGAACAAUUGUUGAACCGAUGAAUCCUUAUAUUAAAGCAUGCUUUGACCAAGAAGCUGCGGCUGUAUUGAUGGCUAAACUUGCUGUUUUCAAGUCCGAAAAUGACGGGGAUGGCCAGGACGUUCUUCGCUGGCUAGACCGGAUGCUUAUCCGUUUGUGCCAGCGAGUAGCCAACUUUAGAAGAGAUGAUCCCAAUUCGUUCUCCCUGGACACACAAUUCAACAUUUAUCCCCAGUUUAUGUUCCAUCUGAGACGAUCUCCAUUUCUGCAAGUUUUCAAUGACAGUCCAGAUGAGAGUGCCUAUGUGAGACACUCCCUUUUGAGGGAGGAUACAACCAAUUCUCUUACUAUGAUUCAGCCCACUCUUGUUAGCUAUUCUUUAGGCGCUCCACCGACCCCUGCCCUGCUUGAUUCUGUAUCCCUCAAUCCGGAUGUCAUUUUAUUAUUGGACUCGUACUUUCACAUUGUCAUAUAUUAUGGCGAAAAUGUCGCUGCAUGGAUUAAAGAGGGAUACCCGGAGCAGCCCGAAUAUGCCCACUUGAAGGCUUUUAUUGAAGCUCCAAAGGUGGAAUCAAUCGAGCUCCUCAAGACCCGAUUCCCGGUGCCCAGAUAUGUAGUGACAAGCCACGGAGAGUCUCAGGGAAGGUUUUUGCUGAGCAAAUUGAACCCAUCGACCACGUAUUCUGGAGGUUCUUCUUCUUCGGGGCUUAGCGGCUUUUCUGGCGCAUCUGGACCAUUCAACCCCCACCAGUAUCAUUCACAACAAUCGCAUCCAUAUGGCAGCUAUGGGCAAGCCCAGAACCCGCAAAUCGCAUCGCCUGCAAUUUUUACUGACGACGUAUCUUUACAAGUAUUUGUUGACCAUUUGAAAAAACUCGCUGUUGGUUCAGCAUCUGUAUGA